AUGUCAAUCAGCGAUCAAUCAACAGACAGAAGCAGCGACUGUGUUGAGCUCGUAGGCUCAAGAUGCCUAACCUAUUCUUUUAUUCUUGGCAGAGAUGACUCAUUAGUCUCAGAAAUGAUGAGUUCUGACUCUGAAAUGGAGGUUUUCAAAAAAGACUUUUUGGACCAUUUUCCAGAAUCCCGCAUGGCAAAUGUGACUUUCUUUUCUAUGGUUCCGACCUUGUCUGACGGAGAAGAACUUAAGCCUUUAUAUUGUUUCCAAACCCCAACUGCAAUAUAUGUAAGAGCAGGCUCAAAAGUCCCAAAAUCCACAUUUGACCAACUGUUAGACUUGGCGACCCAAAGUGGCCUGGAGACUAUUUAUAUCGCAGUUUAUAAAGAGCUUGAGACCUUUAUGAAGACUGUAAAAAUGCUUAUGUACAUGGGAUUCAGACAGUUAGACUUAGAAACCCAGAAGAAGCUGUGCAACACGUCAGCAUUAUUAUUAGCUCUCACUGUGUAG